GUUUAUUAUAUGAUGGUAUCACGAGAAAGCCACGAAGUAAAAAAGCUGGUACGUACCGGAAAAACACUCCGCUUUUGGAGCUCCAUGGUUCUGUGUCGUCUUCUUCAUCAUUUUUUAUUAUAGUUUUCCCCAUCCUCAUCCUCUUCACCCUCCGCCAUGGCUUCCAACUCCCCAAUGGCACCCCACUCGUCUUCCAUUCUGCUUCCGAAACUCGUGUUUCUUCUGCUGCUCGCCGUCGCUGCUUCCGGGAGCAAUGAGAUCGCCGGAGGUGUUCGGAUAUGGCCGCUGCCGGCGUCGGUCACCCACGGCCGCCGCCAUCGGUUGUAUCUUGCCAAGGAUUUUCACCUCACUACUCAGGGCUCCAACUUCAGCGAUGCUUCUGGGAUACUCGAGGCGGGAUUCUCGAGGUUGGUUGAUGUGGUUCGUGUUGCUCAUGUUGUUGAGGCUAAUCUCUCUCGCGUUGCUUCCUCUGCUCUGCUCCUUGGAAUCCACAUUGUUGUCUCUUCGCCUUCUGACGAGUUACAAUAUGGUGUCGACGAAUCGUACAGAUUAUCUAUCCCAGCAACUGGAAAGCCUGCCUAUGCAUAUCUCCAGGCUCGCACAGUUUAUGGGGCUUUGCAUGGUCUUCAGACCUUCAGUCAAUUAUGCUCUUUCAAUUUUGAAUCAAGGAUAAUUGAAAUUCGCAAGGUUCCAUGGAAUAUUAUUGAUCAGCCAAGGUUCUCCUAUCGAGGGCUUUUAAUAGAUACUGCUCGACAUUAUCAGCCAUUGCCGGUUAUAAAGAAAGUGAUUGAUUCUAUGGCAUAUGCAAAGCUGAAUGUGUUGCAUUGGCACAUUGUUGAUACACAAUCUUUCCCGUUGGAGAUACCUUCAUUCCCAAACCUUUGGUUUGGUGCUUAUUCUAAGGAAGAGCGAUAUACAAUUGCAGAUGCUAAAGAAAUUGUGAGAUAUGCUCAGCAGCGUGGAGUCAGUGUAUUGGCUGAAGUUGAUGUUCCAGGACAUGCAUUAUCAUGGGGAGUUGGCUAUCCUGCUCUAUGGCCGUCAAAGGAAUGUCAGCAGCCACUUGAUGUCAGUAAUGAAUUCACCUUUAAAGUAAUAGAUGGAAUACUAUCGGAUUUCAGCAAGAUCUUCAAGUAUAGAUUUGUUCACUUGGGAGGUGAUGAAGUUAACACAACUUGCUGGACAGCGACUCCUCGCAUAAGAAAUUGGUUAAGAAAAAAGGGUAUGAAAGAAUCCGAUGCUUACAAGUACUUUGUCCUGCGGGCCCAAAAAAUAGCUUUGUCACAUGGAUAUGAACUUGUAAACUGGGAAGAGACUUUCAAUGACUUUGGCAGCGAAUUGAGUCGAAAGACUGUUGUGCAUAACUGGCUAGGUACAGGUGUUGCUCCAAGGGUUGUUGCAGCUGGGUUAAGAUGCAUAGUUAGCAACCAAGAUAGCUGGUACUUGGACCACAUAGACACAAGUUGGGAGCAGUUCUAUAUAAAUGAGCCGCUUAAAAAUAUCACAGAUCCUCAGCAACAAAAGUUAGUCAUUGGUGGGGAGGUAUGCAUGUGGGGCGAAAAUAUUGAUGCUUCAGAUAUUGAGCAAACUAUAUGGCCUCGUGCUGCAGCCGCUGCAGAGCGGCUUUGGACACCAUAUGACAACCUGGCCAAAAACCCCAGCCAAGUUUUUGCAAGGUUGGCACACUUCAGGUGUUUGCUGAAUCAAAGAGGGAUUGCUGCCGCUCCAGUAUCGGGACUCGGCAGAUCUGCUCCUUGGGGUCCGGGCUCUUGCUAUGUGCAAUGACAAAACCAGGUUAAUCUCCUUUUCAUACUCUACCUUUCCUCUCAUUUGAUUAAGAUGCUUCUAUUCGCCAUGAACUCUGAAAGAGCUUCAUGGUUGGUAUAGGGAUGUGAUGUGCAUUGUAUUACGGAAAGUAGUUUAUAGGCUCUUGUUUCUUUUUCAUUCUUUUGAAUAAAUUUCUUGCACAAUUGGCCAGAAGAUUGUAUUUAUGUUCAUACUUUCGUAGGAUUUCUCGUCCUACUUUAAUCUAAUGAAUCUUUACCAUUGUCAUAA